AUGUCGACGAAGACAAUUACCAUCACGAGGAAUCCCCAGGAUUCCAUGGUGUCCACAUGGCGCCAGGAUCGAUCUCAGUGGAACUUCUGGCACUGGAUGAUUGAGAUUCUCGGCUUACAUCUCAUCGAUCUCGAUAAAAACGUCCCUAUAUUCUCUAAGAAAGAUAAAAUCCCCGCCAUUAGAGAAUGGACCGUCCACCUAUGGAUUCUAUCGCACGCCAUCAUCCCUCUGGGUUUACACCAUCUCUACGUACGCUAUACGGGCCACAACCUAAGUCUCCUGGGCGCCUUCGCACUAUAUUCAACUGCCUUCAAGGCAAGCGGCAUUCACGAAAUGCAUAUCAUGCGCCGACUAGGUCAAGUCUACGGCUUCUUAGACGGCGACAAGCACCCACGAGACGAUAUCCCCGAUGUAGGCGUUGGGAAAGUUCUACGAGAACUAAUCUCCACGUCCUCUUUACGAAUGAUUAUGUCCAUUUACCUUACAUACCAACCUGAUGAGACUCCAUCUUCUCUACAGUGGAAAUGGCUACCUCUCGAAAUAGGCAUGUACAGUAUCACUGUCGACUUCUGGUUCUACUGGUAUCAUCGUCUAAUGCAUUCCGUCGGACCCCUAUGGAAAUUCCACCGACGACACCAUCUAACUAAGCAUCCAAAUCCGUUACUUUCUGCUUACGCGGAUCAUGAACAGGAAUUCAUGGAUAUCACCGGUAUUCCGCUCUUAGCGUAUACUACGUUGAAAUUUAUGGGUUUGCCGAUGGGUUUCUAUGAGUGGUGGAUUUGUUUUCAGUAUAUUGCUUUUUCGGAAUUUAUUGGACAUAGUGGAUUGAGGCUUCAUGGGGGUGCUCCGUCGACUUUUAAUUGGAUUUUGGAAUUCUUUGAUGCGGAGUUGGUUAUUGAGGAUCAUGAUCUUCAUCAUCGUUAUGGGUGGAGGAAGAGUCAUAAUUAUGGCAAGCAGACUAGGCUUUGGGAUAGGAUUUUUGGGACUUGUCAUGAAAGGAUUGAGAGUGUGAAGGAGAAUGUGGACUAUACGAAUCUGGUUACUAUGCCGCUUCUUUGA